UAUAUCGUUUAUUGUGGGGGAAGUUGUGAAGUGAGAAAGAAAAGCACAGGAAGCGUGAAGGAAGAGAAGCAGAAUCAGCGAUGACGAGAAACUGGUUGUUUCGAUCUUUGGCUCUUCGACAUGCGAUAAAGAAUAGUGUUCGGCCGAUCUUCUUCAACGCUCACCACCGCUUUCUCUCACUCCCAUCCAAACCAUCUCUCUUUGCCACCGCAAUUGCCUCCUCUCAACUCUCUCUCCUCCCAUCCUUCCACCACUCCCGCUCCCUCUCCUCCGCCGCAGGUUCGUCUGAUGUUGUUCUUGUUAAUUCAGAGGAAGAGUUCAACAACAUCCUUACCAAAGUCAAAGAUAACUCGUUGCACGCCGUCUUCUAUUUCACUGCGGUUUGGUGUGGACCUUGCAGGUUUAUUUCUCCUAUAGUUGGGGAGCUCAGUAAGAAGUAUCCUCAUGUGACAACAUAUAAGAUUGACAUCGAUCAGGAAGCAAUUCAAGGCACAUUGGGCAAAUUGCAGAUUACAUCUGUGCCUACACUUCAUUUCUUUCAGAAUGGAAAAAUGGCCGAUGUUCUUGUAGGUGCUGAUGUUGCACGAUUGACCAAUAUCACAGAGAAACUCUUCAAGUAAUCCUUCGGAGUUUUACUUUAUGUUAUGCUUUGUGAAUAUGAGCAUGCACUGGGAGGCUGUUAUCUCCCUCUGUCCACUAGGAUUUUUAAGUAACAUUGGCUUUUCAAGUUGUAAUGCUCUGUUCUGAAUGUGAUUAUUGAUCUGUUGUAUAAUGUUACAUGUAUUUUUUUUCCUUUUGUAGUUAUGCAUUUAGGUGUGGAGAGAUAACACAUUCGAACCUACUCUUUUACAUACAUAUAUGCAUGAAAAAAACAUUCUUGUUUA